AUGCAAUCGUCAACAUCGAGCCUCAUUGUGCCGGAGGCCAGUGAUGUCUCUACCUAUGGUGAUUUUAUAGACCCCGAUGAUUACGAUAUUCUUGAGCAUUAUUCCGAGAACAUGGAUGAGCAUGAGUAUUAUCCCAUCUGCCUCGGAGAAAUUGUUGAAAAGAGAUAUCGUGUCGUGCAUAAAUUAGGUCAUGGGGCAUUUUCCACAGUCUGGCUAGCGCAUGAUCUUCAAAAGAAAGUCGAUGUUGCUCUAAAAAUUAGGACUGCUGACUGCGAAUGGAAUCAUGAAUUUCGCAUGCAAAAUGAAUUAUUCGACGUCUUAAGGACGCCGAUACCUCAAAUCUUCUUUUGUCGUGAUCGCGAUCGCGAUCAUCGCAUCCUCGUCUUCCCCGUGCGGGGUCCCAGUCUAAGUUCACCUCACACAGACAGAAUGCCGAUGGCUACUCGCAUGUCCGCUGCUAAGUAG